AUGUUUCAAAGUAAGGUGCUAAAUUAUUCAUUGGCGACGAUAUCAUGGCUUCCCGUAUAUUUGACCGUUACGCAUCAUGUGAUGUUUGUUUCAAAGAUAGAAGGUCCUUCUAUGAGACCUACUCUGAACCCUAGAGAUAAUAUGCAAUCAGAUUGGGUUUUUGUGUGGAAGCUGAGGAAAACGGACAUUAGAGCUUUAAAUUAUGGCGAUGUAAUAAUAUUUAAGUCGCCUAAUAAUCCAAAGAAAGUAUAUUGUAAAAGGAUACAGGGCAAGCAAUAUGAUGUAGUGAAAACAAAAUUUCCAUACCCUAGAGAAUUUUGUCAAAUUCCGAGGUCGCACUUAUGGGUUGAAGGGGACAAUGGGUCAAAUUCUGUAGAUUCAAACAACUUCGGACCUAUAUCUACGGGUCUGGUGAUUGGGACAAUAACAAAUGUAAUAUGGCCUCCGUCCAGAUGGGGCGCCGAGUUAAAGCGAGAUUUGGGAAGGCCUGGUGUAGUUGUAGGGUAA